AUGGAUGAGGAGGGGGUGUCCAACAACGACAGUUCUAAUGAUGUACUAGAUGAAGAAAAUUGUGAGGAGGGAAGAGACUUUUCAGAUAUUUCAUUUGGCCAUCGGGAAGAGGAGGAGGGUGGCCUCCACGUAGGUAGCGUUGACGGCCAUAGCGGCGAUGGUGGUGAUGACGGUGAUGGUGGCCAUGCCGGUCUGGACGUAGAAGACGUUGAUGGACAAGGAGCGGACGCGCCGGGUCAAGAAAAAGAUGCCGAGGGAGGUGGAAACCAAGAGGAGAAAGAAGAGGAGGAGGAAGAGGAAGAAGAGGAAGAAGAAGAGGAAGAAGAGGAAGAAGAAGAAGAAGAAGAAGAAGAAGAAGAAGACGAUGAUGAGGAUGACGAUGAGGACGACGACGACGAUGAUGAUUAUGAUGACGAUGAAUAUGACGAGGACGACUUCAAUGAGGCCACAGUGUCCUGGAUCGAAUGGUUCUGUCAGCUGAAACAGAACAUCUUCCUCGUUGAAGUGGAUGAAGAUUUCAUAAGAGACGAGUUCAACCUGAUAGGGCUCCAAACAAAGGUGCCUCAUUUUAAAAAGUUAUUAAAAAUAAUAUUGGACGAAGACGAUGACGAUGAUGACGACGAUGAGGAGGAGGACGAUUACGAUGAAGAAGAUGAUGAAAUAAAUAGAGGCUCUGAUGAGCUAUAUAAAAACAAAGACAUAUAUGAGCAAAAUGCUGCCUGCCUUUAUGGUUUAAUACACAGUCGUUUCAUUUUAACUUCUAAAGGACUAGCGCUCAUGAGGGAAAAAUACAAGUCCAGCAUCUAUGGUACCUGCCCAAGUAUAUAUUGUGAUAAUGCUAAGUUAUUACCCACUGCCAUUUCGGAAGUACCCAAAUUUUUAAGCCCCCUUUUGUACUGCCCUCGUUGUUGCGAAACAUUUUAUCCACAUAAAAAUUCUUUAAUUAAUCAAUUGGAUGGCGCCUAUUUUGGCACCAGCUUUGCUUCCUUCUUUGCGCUCUCCUUUAAUAUUCAGUCAGACAAGAAGAGGAUUUAUUACACACCUCAGAUUUGCGGCUUUACCAUUAAUAGGGACAUACGGGAGACGUUGUACUUGGACAUGAACAAGGACAACAGCGAGUCGUCGGAGGAGUAUUCGUAG